AAACGAAGAUAAGACCAAAACAAAAAUUGUUCCCACGUGCCUGCACUUACAAUCUUCGUAAAAGUAAAACUUGAAAAAAAUUUAUAUAAAUUUAUAUUAAACAGCAAAUUUGUGUGCAAAAAUGUCUACCGAUGUACAACGUCCGAGAUUGUAUAUGGAUGAGCAUAAGUUGAAGCAGGAUCCACAUGACUAUGGCCUCGCUGAUGAGCCCUUCAACUUGGAAACGUUUAAGAAAAAGUUUCAAAUUGUUGUUGUGAAAUAUGAUGGAAAUGAAAUGGAAUUCGAUAUGAUUGGCGUACAUCCAGGUAUAGCAAAUGCCUUCCGUCGUCUAAUGCUCAGUGAAGUGCCUAGUAUGGCUAUUGAAAAGGUCUAUAUAUAUAAUAAUACAUCAAUAAUGCAGGAUGAAGUGUUAGCACAUCGUCUUGGUCUUAUACCACUUCGCGCAGAUCCUCGCCGUUUUCUAUAUAAGACCGAGGAGAGUGGUGAUCAAGGCAACGAACACGAUACGUUGGAUUUCGAAUUAAAAGUAAAAUGUACGCGUCGUAAAGAUGUCAAAGAUUCUUCAAACUUCGACACAAUUUAUAAAAACCACAAGGUUUACUCUGGUCAAAUAAAAUGGCUACCGAAAGGAAAACAAGCGCAAAUCUUUAGCGAAACAGAUGUCGGUUGUAUACACGACGAUAUACUGAUAAAUCAAUUGCGUCCUGGACAUGAACUAGACUUGCGUCUCAUAGCUGUCAAAGGAAUUGGGAAAGAUCAUGCCAAGUUUUCGCCCGUAGCCACUGCAUUCUACAGAUUGUUGCCUGAAAUAAAGUUAAACCGUAGAAUAGAAGGCAAGGAAGCUUUUCUUUUGCAGAAGUGCUUUUCACCCGGUGUAAUUGGUAUUGAUGAAAAUGACUGUGCCUAUGUAAAGGAUGCACGAUAUGAUACCUGCAGCCGCAACGUGUAUAGAUAUCCUCAAUUGGAAGACGCCGUAACAAUGUCUCGUGUACGCGACCACUACAUUUUUAACGUAGAAUCAGUUGGAGCACUUAAGCCUGAUGUGAUCUUCAUCGAAGCGGUAAAAGUACUGAAAGAGAAAUGCCGGAAAUUUUUAGAGGAGAUUGAGGCGGCGUAAGGAAUUAAGUACUAUUCAAAAAUUAAUAAACAUAUGAACUGUUUUUACAAAUAAACAUCGUAAAAAUAAAUAAAAUACAUAUAUAAUAAUUAAUUCAUGUGUUUUUAAUUUGCCGAUUGCAGUCGAAGGUGUCAAAAUAGUAAACUAAGUGCAGCCCUGGCAGUUGUCAUAUUUUUUGUUUUGACAUUAGAGUCAGCGUAUAUAAACAAAUGUCAUUAAUUUUAUAUAUUCAUUCAUGAAAAAAAUAAACACGAAAUUCAUUGUCUGCUAAAUUUUAGCAUAAAAAGUUUUACAAACACUAAAUUCCGACGUAACGUUUCAGAGCAAAAUAAUAAAAAAAUGUCUAACG